CAGCGGGAUGGAGGACACGCGGGGCCUCCGGGGGGUCCUCGCUGCUCGCCAUCCCCGCCGCCUCCUCCUCCUCCUCCUCCUCCUCCUCCUCCUCCGCCCCGCCGCCACCACCGCCGCCACGCAGGACCUGCAGGUGAUUGACCUGCUGACCUCGGGGGAGACGCGGCCCGUGGCGGCGGUGGCGGAGCGGCUGCGGACGGCGCUGCUCACGGUGGACGACGUCUACCUCCUGUCCACCUUCCGCCUGCCCCCGAAGCAGGGCGGCGCCCUCUUCGGCGUCUACUCCCGCCGGGAUGCCACCCGCUGGUUCGAGGUGUCCGUCGUGGGCAAGAUCAACAAAGUGUUGGUGCGGUACCAGCGUGAGGACGGGAAGCUGCACGCGGUCAGCCUGCAGCCGGCCGGGCUGGCCGACGGGCGGGCGCACACGGCCCUGCUCCGGCUGCGCGGCCCCGCCGGGCCCGGUCCCGCCCUCCAGCUCUACGUGGACUGCAAGCUGGGCGACGAGCAGACCGGGCUCCCCGCCCUGGCCCCCAUCCCCCCGGCCGAGGUCGACGGGCUCGAGGUGCGGACCGGCGCGAAGGCCUACGGCCGCGUCCAGGGCUUCGUGGAGUCCAUGAAGCUGAUCCUGGGCGGGUCCAUGGCCCGCGUGGGCGCCCUGAGCGAGUGUCCGUUCCAGCGCGAAGAGACCGUCCACCACGCAGUGACCAACGCGAUUCACUCCAUCCUCGGCGAACACACCAAAGCGCUGGUCACCCAGCUGACCCUGUUCAACCAGAUCCUGGUGGAGCUGAGGGAGGACAUCCGGGACCAGGUGAAGGAGAUGUCUCUGAUCCGAAACACCAUCAUGGAGUGCCAGGUGUGCGGCUUCCACGAGCAGCGGUCCCACUGCAGCCCCAACCCCUGCCACCGCGGCGUCGACUGCAUGGAGGUGUACGAGUACCCGGGGUACCGCUGCGGGCCCUGCCCGGCGGGCACCGAGGGCAACGGGACGUACUGCGCCGACAUCGACGAGUGCGCCCACGCCGACCCCUGCUUCCCGGGCUCCAGCUGCAUCAACACGGCCCCCGGCUUCCGCUGCGCGGCCUGCCCCCGCGGCUACGCCGGCAGUCUGGUGUCCGGCGUCGGCGUAGACUACGCCCGGGCCAGCAAGCAGGUCUGCACGGACGUGGACGAAUGCAAUGACGGGAACAACGGAGGAUGUGACCCCAACGCCAUCUGUACCAACACUGUGGGCUCCUUCAAGUGCGGGCCGUGCCGGUCGGGUUUCCUGCGGAACCAGAGCGGCGGGUGCCUGCCCGCACGGACCUGCCGCAGUCCGGCCCACAGCCCCUGCCACGUCCAGGCCCACUGCCUCUCCGAGCGCAACGGCGCCGUCUCCUGCGCGUGUGACGUGGGCUGGGCCGGCAACGGGAACGUGUGCGGGCCGGACACGGACCUGGAUGGCUACCCGGACACCGCGUUGCCCUGCAUGGACAACAACAAGCACUGCAAGCAGGAUAACUGCCUGUUGACCCCCAAUUCGGGGCAGGAGGACGCGGACAACGACGGGGUCGGAGACCAGUGCGACGACGACGCCGACGGCGACGGGAUCAAGAAUGUCGAGGACAACUGCCGCCUGCUGCCCAACAAGGACCAGCAGAACUCGGACACGGACUCGUUCGGCGACGCCUGCGACAACUGCCCCAACGUGCCCAACAACGCGCAGCGCGACGCCGACGGCAACGGCGAGGGCGACGCCUGCGACAACGACAUCGACGGCGACGGCAUCCCCAACACCCUGGACAACUGCCCCCAGGUGCCCAACCCGCUGCAGAGCGACCGGGACCAGGACGGCGUCGGGGACGCCUGCGACAGCUGCCCCGAGACCAGUAAUCCCACCCAGACAGACGCAGACAGCGACCUGGUGGGCGACGCCUGCGACACCAACGAGGACAGCGACGGGGACGGCCACCAGGACACGAAGGACAACUGCCCGCGGCUGCCCAACAGCUCGCAGCUGGACUCGGACAACGACGGGCUGGGGGACGAGUGCGACGACGACGACGACAACGACGGGGUCCCCGACUACGCGGCCCCCGGACCCGACAACUGCCGCCUCGUCCCCAACCCCAAUCAGAAGGACUCGGACGGGAACGGCGUGGGCGACGUGUGCGAGGACGACUUCGACGACGACACGGUGGCCGACCCGCUGGACGUCUGCCCGGAGAGCGCCGAGGUGACCCUCACCGACUUCCGCGCCUACCAGACCGUCGUGCUGGACCCCGAGGGGGAUGCCCAGAUCGACCCCAACUGGGUGGUCCUCAACCAGGGCAUGGAGAUUGUCCAGACGAUGAACAGUGACCCCGGCCUGGCUGUGGGGUACACGGCCUUCAACGGCGUGGACUUCGAGGGCACGUUCCACGUGAACACGGUGACCGACGACGACUACGCCGGCUUCAUCUUCAGCUACCAGGACAGCGGCCGCUUCUACGUGGUGAUGUGGAAGCAGACGGAGCAGAUCUACUGGCAGGCCACCCCCUUCCGCGCCGUGGCGGAGCCCGGCCUGCAGCUCAAGGCGGUGAAGUCGGAGGCCGGGCCGGGCCAGUACCUCCGCAACGCGCUGUGGCACACGGGCCACACCCCCGACCACGUGCGCCUGCUGUGGAAGGACCCGCGCAACGUGGGCUGGCGGGACAAAACCUCCUACCGCUGGCAGCUUCUGCACCGGCCCCAGGUCGGAUACAUCCGGGUCAAGCUGUACGAGGGGCCGCAGCUGGUGGCGGACUCCGGGGUGGUCAUCGACACGUCCAUGCGGGGGGGCCGCCUCGGAGUCUUCUGCUUCUCCCAGGAGAACAUCAUCUGGUCCUACCUGCGGUACCGCUGCAACGACACGGUGCCCGAGGACUUCGAGCCGUUCCGCCGACAGCUGCUGGAAGGCCGGGCGUGAGGCGGCCCAAGCGGGGCGGGCCGGGGUCGAGGCCUCGUGCCCCCUCCUCCCCCGCCAGCCGACCCCCCUCCCCGGGGGCGGCGGGAGAGGGUGGGAAGAGGACCCCGUCCCCCCAAUUCCAGCGCGUGCAUCCACACGCGCGCGCGCACACACACACACGUAGUGCCACACGGUGGCUAUAAAGUUCCCGUUUUCUAA